GAAAACAUGAAUUCAGAAGAUGGCUCUGCACUCCCAAGGCAUCCUAGAGCCAGGAGAUCAACCCAGCAUGACAGACACAUGGUUCACCCUCCCGGUGCCCCAGGAGCUCCAAAAUCCCCAUCUGGAUCCGUGACAUAUCCAGGACCUCAGCGCCCAAAGAGAAUUAAGAAGGAGGAAAUGGGCCGUCCAGUUCCACUCUACCAUUGCCAAAAGGGAGAAAUGGGAGCUCCAGGAGCCCGUGGAAACAAAGGAGAAAAGGGGCAGCCUGGGGAGAUGGGGGAGCCUGGAGAAAAGGGCACCAAAGGAGACAGAGGUGAAAGUGGUCAGAAGGGAGAACCAGGAAUUGGGUUCAGAGGCCCUGUUGGUCAGGCUGGACCCCCAGGAUUUAAGGGGAUUCCUGGGACACCUGGGCCCAAAGGCAACAAGGGUGACGAGGGCAUCAUGGGAGUCCAGGGCCCCAUUGGUAUGAUGGGUCUAAAAGGUCUCCCAGGUGUGAAAGGCGAAAGGGGUGAUCGGGGACUUCUGGGACCCAAGGGAGAAAGAGGUGAGACCAUGACUGGUUUUGGACCCCAAGGCUACAAAGGCAGUAAAGGAGAUCCUGGUGAACAAGGCCUGCCAGGUUUUGAUGGAGACAAAGGCGAGAAGGGAGAGGAUGGGCCUGCAGGAGAAAAGGGAAUCAGAGGUGAAGCUGGCUCCAAGGGAGCCAUGGGGCUUUUUGGAACAAGAGGACCAGUGGGACAGAAAGGGGAGCCAGGAGAACCAGGCCUGCUGGGCUCUGCCGGUACAGCAGGCCUCGAUGGGAGGAAUGGAAUCAAGGGAGCCAAAGGUGACAGAGGUCUUCAGGGACAGAAGGGGAAGCCAGGAGAAAAAGGUGAUCCUGGGAUCACUGGAGACAUUGGGAGGAAAGGAAUAAAGGGCUUACGUGGGCUGCCAGGACGCAUUGGUGCUCCAGGAGCCAAGGGCAUCAAGGGAGAAAUUGGCAGUCCUGGAAAACCAGGAAUCCCAGGAGCAGAUGGACCAUAUGGACCAAAGGGUGAACAAGGAGCACCAGGUGAUGACGGUGCCUUUGGGAUUCCUGGGGAGAAAGGAGAAAAGGGGUCAAAGGGAAUUCCUGGUUUGGGAGGCUUCAAAGGACAAAUGGGAUGGCCUGGAAAAGCUGGAGCUGCAGGACCAGAUGGACCUCAAGGGCCCCAGGGCAAACCAGGACCACAGGUGAGCAGCAAGGGACAUGAUUAA